GUUUAUAAUUAGGAGGAAAGAAAGUUAAAUAUAUUAAUAGCAAAAGUUCCUAAACAUAGUGAAUGUGCAAGAAUUAUUGAUAAUUAUCAUGAGAUAUCUGAUAGUAUUAAAUAUGCAAAAUCAAAACUAACCGAACCUGGAAUUUUUGAAGUAGAUGGUAUUGAACUUUUGGAGACAUUAACUAUGCAAAUUACAGAUUUGCAACAAAAUCUUUUAAAAUAUAUGAUUAAUAUUCAUCAGAAUGCUACUGAAAAAUUAGUUAAUGAUUUUGAAGAACUUAAGAAUCAAAUAUUAACUACACCUGAAAACACAGAAGAAUUAAUGAAAUCUCAAGAAUUUAUAAAAAGAGUAGAAAUUGAGCACAUACCUCAAUUACGAGAAAAAAUAGCAGAAUUAGCAAUACGAAUUAUUUUCUUUGCAUCAAAUAUCGAAUUUACUACAGAUGAUAUUGUUUCAAAUUCAGAGCCUUUUUAUCUUUUGUCAGAAUUGCCUGAUAUUAUUUCUGAACAUAGAAAAAUGAUUAAUGUGAGAGAAACUGAUUUUCAGCAACUCUUAAAGGAACAAAAGAUAAACUUUACUGAAGAAUUGGAUUUAUAUAGUAAACAAAUCAAGGAAUUAGUAUUUCAAAAUAAAAUUGAAGAAAUAGAUCAAUAUUUAAAAAGAGCUCAAAUAUUACAUGAUCAGUUGCAAAAUGCUGCAGAUAUUAUUCUUCAUAUUAACAAAGAAGAAGAAGCAUAUGACUUAGAAGUUACAAAUUAUCCUAUUCGACAAACAUUAUUGAAACAAUUAGAUCCAUAUUUAAAAUUAUAUGAAGUAGCUGUGGACUUCUAUACAAAAUUUAAGAUUUGGACACAAGGUCCAAUGAAGAAUGUUGAUGCUGAAUUAAUAGAACAUGAUAUUAGUUCUAUUUUACGAACAUUGUUCAAAUUGGAAAGAACAUUUUCAGAUGUUCCAGAUCCUUUAAAAAUUAUAAUGAAGGUUAAAGCUGAUAUUGAUGAAUUCAGAAAACAUAUGCCAUUAAUUCAAACUAUAUGCAAUCCUGGUCUUAAGGAUAGACAUUGGGAAGAAAUGUCAAAUUUAAUUGGAUUUGAAUUAAAACAUACUGAAGAAACUACUUUAGAUGAUAUGUUCGAAUAUCACAUUGAAGAAUACAUUCCACACAUUGCUGGAAUUAGUGAUGUUGCCACCAAAGAAUAUAAUCUUGAGAAAUCUUAUUUAAAAAUGAAACAAGAGUGGGAAAAUACAAGAUUUAUUUUAGGUAUACAUGGAGAUACAGAAACAAAUAUUUUAUUAUCUGUUGAUGAUAUACAGCAGAUGCUUGAUGAUCAAAUUGUGAAAACUGGGACUAUGAUUUCAUCUCCUUACAUAAAACCAUUUGAAAAUGAUAUCAAGUCUUGGGAAAUUCAGCUACAAUUACUUCAAGAAAUUAUUGAUGAAUGGUUAAAAUUACAGCACACUUGGAUGUAUUUGGAAUCUAUAUUUAGUUCUCCAGAUAUUAUGGCACAAAUGCCUGAAGAAGGAAGUUGUCAACACAUAGUAGUAAUGGAACUAAUGCUUGGUAACAAAAGAAUAAUAAUUUUAAAUGUCUAUUUCCCUGGGGGAGCUGAAUCUGAGAACUUCAUAGGUAAUUUGCAACAAAUUAUAAAUGCCUUUGCAGGCUCUAGCAUUAUUAUUGCAGGGGAUUUUAAUGCACAUUCUCCUGCUUGGGGAGGGGACGUAUUCGAUGAACGAGGUGGUUUGUUGGAGGAAUUUUUUGGGCGGAAUAACUUAUAUAUCCUUAAUAACCCCCUUUCCCCUCCUACUUUUACCUCACAUAGAGGUGAAAGUUGGAUAGACGUGGCUGUCUGUAAUGGAGAUCUUUAUCCUAUGAUUAACAACUGGAAAGUAGAUGAGGAAGACAGUCUUACGGAACACUCAAUGAUUUCUUUUGAUAUAUUAAAUGGUAGCAAUAAUAGUAAUCAACCAUAUAACGUAAGUUCAAAAUAUAUUAUAAAACGUGCAGAUUGGUUUGCGAUAAAAGAAUGUCUAGAAGAGAAUUGGAAUUCUAAUUACUCAGACGAUAAAAACAUUGUCGUUGAUCAAAUAAAUGAGAAUAUCGAACUUAUAAAUAAGGCCUGUAAUAAUUUUAUACCAAAGGGAACCUCCGUCCGAAAAGCAGUACCUUGGUGGACACAAGAACUUGAUGACUUACGAAAAAAAACCAGGAAAUUAAGAAAAUUAUAUCAACGAUGUGGGAACGAACAACUUCGAACAGAACGUAGAAAUGAAUAUCUUGCCAGCCAAAAAUCAUAUAAGGAAUUAAUUAAAAUGGAGAAAUUACGUAGUUGGCAAACAUUUUGCACCAACACCUCGAGAAAUCCAUGGGGAUACUUAACGAAACUUUGUACCAACAAACUACGGAAAACGACUAUUAUGACAACAUCAUUACAUAACCGUAAUGAACCACGGACUCUUAUACAGGAGCUAGCGUCACAAUUAGACGCUUUCUGUCCAGAAGAUAAUCCUAGAGAUGAUACAGACACUCAAAAAUUAACACGCAUUGCUGGCUUGAGUGGAUAUUUAGAAAAGAAACGCUUAUUCUUUCCUAGAUUUUUUUUCUUAUCAAAUGAUGAGUUACUAGAAAUAUUAUCGGAAACAAAAGAUCCUCUGAGAGUUCAACCACAUUUAAAGAAAUGCUUUGAAGGUAUUGCAGAAUUGGUAUUUACAGAUGAUAUGAUGAUUACAGAUAUGAUCAGUUCCGAAAAUGAAAAAGUAUCACUUUUGGAAAAAAUAAUCCCAGAAAAUGCUCAUGGUCAAGUAGAAAAAUGGUUAUUGGAACUUGAAAAAUUAAUGAAGAUUAGUAUUCAUAAAGUUCUUCUUGAUGCAACAAAUGCUUAUGAGAACACUCCAAGAGAAGAAUGGGUAUUACAAUGGCCUGGUCAGGCAGUUAUUUGUGUGUCACAAAUAUUUUGGACAACAUUAAUCCAUUAUUCUAUCUCAAGUGAUAUACAGGAAUUAGAAAAUUAUAUAAUAAAACAAAAUCAACAGAUUGAAAAAAUUGUAAAAUUAGUUAGAGGAGAAUUGACCACUGGAAAUAGAAUUACACUUGGAGCUUUAGUUGUACUAGAUGUACAUGCAAAAGAUGUUACAGAAUUACUUGCAAAAGAAAGAGUUACGAAUGAAAAAGACUUCAAAUGGUUAUGUCAGCUGAGGUAUUAUUGGGAGGAAAAGGACAUAAUCACAAGGAUGAUAAACUCAUCUUUAUCAUAUGGAUAUGAAUAUUUGGGUAACACUGAACGACUUGUAAUUACACCUUUAACUGAUAGAUGUUAUCGGACACUAUUCAGUGCACUUCGUUUACAUCUGGGAGGGGCUCCAGAAGGACCAGCUGGAACUGGUAAAACAGAAACAACUAAAGAUUUAGCUAAAGCUAUUGCUAAACAAUGCAUAGUAUUUAACUGUUCUGAAGGAUUAGAUUAUGUUGCUUUAGGAAAAUUUUUUAAGGGAUUAGCUUCAUGUGGAGCUUGGUCUUGUUUUGAUGAAUUUAAUCGAAUUGAUGUUGAAGUACUAUCUGUUGUUGCCCAACAAAUAUUAACAAUCCAACGUGGUAUUAAUUCAGCUGCAAAUACACUAUUAUUUGAAGGUACUGUUAUACGAUUAGAUCCUACAUGUGCAGUUUUUAUUACUAUGAAUCCUGGAUAUGCUGGUCGAAGUGAGUUACCUGACAAUUUAAAGACUUUAUUUCGUCCUGUUGCUAUGAUGGUUCCAGAUUAUGCAAUGAUUGCUGAAAUUUCACUUUAUUCCAAAGGAUUUGUAAAUGCAAGACCAUUAGCAGUUAAAGUUGUAGCUACUUAUAAAUUGUGUUCUGAACAGUUGUCAUCUCAACCUCAUUAUGAUUAUGGAAUGAGAGCUGUAAAAUCUGUAAUAGCUGCUGCUGGCAAUUUAAAGCAUAAAUAUCCUGACAGUGAAGAAGAUAAAAUAAUGCUCAGAUCUAUCACUGAUGUUAAUCUACCAAAAUUUUUAAGUCAUGAUGUACCUUUGUUUGAAGGUAUAACUUCUGAUUUAUUUCCUGAAAUAUCUCAACCACCUUCAGAUUAUAAUGAUUUGAAUAGAGCUAUAGAAAUUGUUUGUCAAAAAUAUAAUCUACAGUGUACAAGCUAUUUUUUACAGAAAAUACAACAGAUUUAUGAAAUGAUGAUAGUAAGGCAUGGAUUUAUGAUAGUUGGUUAUCCUUUUAGUGGAAAAACAGCUGCUUAUAAAACUUUGGCAAAGGCUUUAUAUAUCUUAUGUGACCAAGAACAGAAUAAGAAAUCGCCUGUUGAUAUUGUUGUAAUAAAUCCAAAAUCAAUAACUAUUGAUCAGCUUUAUGGUUAUUUUUCACCAGUUUCCCAUGAAUGGUCUGAUGGAGUGUUAGCAGUGAAUUUUAGAAAAUUUGCAACAUCUACGAAUCCUAAUAGAAAAUGGUUAGUAUUUGAUGGACCAGUAGAUGCAGUUUGGAUUGAAAACAUGAACACUGUUCUAGAUGAUAACAAAAAACUUUGUCUAACAAGUGGUGAAAUUAUCAAAUUAUCUGCACAAACUAACCUAAUAUUUGAAUCAAUGGAUCUUGAAGCUGCUUCACCGGCAACUGUUUCAAGAUGUGGAAUGAUACAUAUGGAACCAGAAAGAUUAGGAUGGAAAACUUUAUUUAAAUCUUGGUUAAAUACUCUGCCAGCAUUUGUUACAGAACAUAAAAAUCGGUUGAUUGGACUUUUCAAUCAUUUUUGUCCUCCUCUUUUAUCUAUGGUUAAAAAAAUUGCUAACAAGGAGUUAGCACCAACUACUGAAAUUAAUCGAGUGAAUUCUUUAAUGAAUUUAUUAAAGUUUACUUACGACGAGAUCAAGGAAACUGAAAGUUAUAAGGAAAUGCCUAAUGAUGUAUUUUUAAUAUGGAUGGAUUGUAAUUUUCUCUUCUGUGCAGUAUGGUCAUUAGGUUCAACUUUAAAUAAAGAAGGAAGUUUGAAUUUUAAUUCUGCUUUUCAUGAAGUAAUGAGAGGUGAGCCAUCGGAAGAAUUUUGUGAAAGAUAUGGAUUUACUGAAACUUCAUAUCCUCUUGACUAUAUUUUAGACUAUCCAAUUCCAAAUAUUGAACUUGUUUAUGAUUAUAAAUUUGUUCAAAAGGAUAUUUCACUACCCGGACAAUGGAUGCCUUGGAAAGUAGAAUUAAUGAAGGUUACUCCUUUACCACAAGAUAUUGAAUCUCAUCAACUUCUUAUUCCUACAGUGGAUACUAUUCGUUAUAUAUAUUUGAUAUCAAUGUUAGUAAACAAACAAAAAGAGAUGUUAUUAACUGGACCAACAGGAACAGGAAAAUCUAUGUAUAUUAAAAAUUUCCUUUUAAAUAAAAUGAACAGAGAGACAUAUUCACCUCUUAUUAUAAAUUUUUCUGCACAAACAAGUGCUAAUCAAACUCAGAAGAUUAUAAUGGGAAAAUUAAUAAGAAGAAGAAAAGGAUUAUAUGGACCACCUCCAGGGAAAAAACUGAUUGUAUUUGUGGAUGAUCUUAAUAUGCCCCUGCCUGAAACAUUUGGAGCCCAACCUCCCAUUGAGGUUCUUCGUCAGUGGAUAGAUCAUCAUUUAUGGUAUGAUCUUAAAGAGAAAACACCUAUGAAUUUAACUGAUAUUCAAUUAAUGGUAGCAAUGGGUCCUCCAGUUGGAGGACAGAAUACUGUUUCGUUAAGAUUUUUAAGACAUUUUAAUAUAUUAGGAAUAAAUGAAUUUGAUGAUGAAGUGAUGGAAACUAUAUUUAGUAGAAUAUUAACUUGGCAUUUAGAUAAUAAGGGAUUUUCUAAAGAUUUUGGAAAGAUUGUUAAAUCUUUAAUUGAUGCUAGUCUUGAAAUAUAUAAGAAAUCCAUUUCAAAUCUUUUACCAACACCUACAAAAUCUCAUUAUUUAUUUAAUACAAGAGACUUUUCUAAAAUAGUUAAAGGACUGUUAUUAUGUCUUCCAGAAACUAUUGAAAAUUUAGACUCAAUGAAACAGUUGUGGAUUCAUGAGGUGUUUAGGGUUUUUUAUGAUCGUCUAAUAGACAAAGAAGAUCGUUUGUGGUUUUUUAAAAUGGUAAAGGAUGUAUGCAAAGAUACAUUACAUCAUGAUAUGAAUAUUCUGUUGAAGUUCUUGGAUAGUAAUCAUGAUGGAAUUGUCACUGAAGAUAAUAUUCGAUCACUUAUGUAUUGUGACUUUGGAGAUACAAAAUCAGAUACAAAACAUUAUUCCAGAGUACAAGAUAUUAAUACUUUACAAAAUAUUAUUGAAAAUUUUAUGGAAAAUUAUAAUAGUCUGAACAAAAAGCCCAUGAAUAUAGUGCUUUUUAAAUUUGUUAUUGAACACCUAUGCAGAAUAGCACGUAUAUUGAUACAGCCACCUAGUCAUGCUCUACUAGUUGGGAUGGGAGGUACAGGAAGACAAGUAUUAACUCGAUUGGCUACUCACAUAGAAGAAUAUGAGUUAUUUCAGGUGGAGAUUUCUAAAUCAUAUUCAUAUGUACAAUGGAAAGAAGAUCUCAAAGUGUUGUUAAAAAAAUGUACAUCUGGAGAUCAACAUACAGUAUUUUUGUUUCCAGAUUCUCAAAUUAAAGAAGAAUCAUUUUUAGAAGAUAUUAAUAAUUUAUUAAAUGCUGGAGAAGUUCCAAAUCUUUAUCAAGUUGAUGAGAAACAAGAAAUAAUUGAAAACAUGCGAAUGAUUGAUAAACAAAAAGAUAGAUUAAACCAAACUGAUGGAUCAGCUGAAGCAUUAUUCAAUUUAUUUAUUGAACAUGUGAGACAUCAAUUACACAUUUGUCUGACAAUGAGUACUAUUGGUGAUCUGUUUAGAAAUCGUAUUCGCAAAUUUCCUUCUCUUGUUAACUGUUGUACCAUAGAUUGGUUUGAGCCAUGGCCAGAAGAUGGUUUAGAAGCUGUAGCAAAAAAAUUUUUACAAGAUACUGAAUUGACAAAAAAGGAGAGAAAGGCAUGCAUAAGUUUAUGCAAAAUCUUUCAUAUUUCCAUUGAUAAAUUAUCAGUUGCCUAUUACAAAGAAUUAUAUCGCCAUAAUUACAUAAAUCCAACAUCUUUUCUCGAAUUAAUUAAUACUUUUCAAAACUUAUUAGCAAAAAAAAGAGGAGAUAUUUUGAAAAUGAAGCAACGUUAUGAAGUUGGAUUAGAACAAUUAGCACAUGCAGCUGGACAAGUUUCAGAUAUGCAGAAAUACCAAAUAGAAUUACAACCCAAAUUACUUGAAGCAAAUCAAAAUGUAGAAAACAUCAUGACUCAAAUAAAUGCUGAGUCAGCUGAAGUUGAAAAAGUUGAAGAAAGAGUUAAGGAAGACCAAUUACUUGCAAAUGAAAAAGCUAAAAAAGCAGCUUCAAUCAAAGAAGAGUGUGAUGCUGAUUUAGCUGAAGCUAUGCCAAUCUUAAAUGCUGCUAUUGCAGCUUUAAACACCCUUACUCCUGCUGAUAUAGCAGAAGUAAAAACAAUGAAAAGUCCACCACAUGGCGUAAAACUUGUAAUGGAAGCCAUAUGUAUUUUGAAAGGUGUUAAACCUGAUCGAAUUAAGGAUCCAACACAAGUUGGUAUGAAUCUCUCUGAUGAUAAAAUUCCAGCAAAAGCAAUUAAAAUCAUCAGAGAAAAAUAUAUUAAUAAUCCAGAUUUUGAUCCUGGAAAAGUAAAAUUAGCUUCAACUGCUGCAGAAGGUCUUUGUAAAUGGGUUAUUGCAAUGGAAAAAUACGAAAAAGUUGCUAAAAUUGUUGCUCCAAAAAAAGAAGCUCUUGCUAAAGCUCAAACUGAAUUAUCAAUAGCAGAAAAUGAAUUAAAAGAAAAGCAUGCUGAGUUAAAAGAAGUGCAAGAUAAAUUAAUGAAAUUACAGGAAUAUUUAGAAGGAAAUAAACUGAAAAAAAUGGCUGUGGAAAAUGAUCUUGAAACAUGUACAUUGAAACUACAGAGAGCGGAACAGUUAAUUGGUGGUCUAGGUGGAGAAAAAACUCGAUGGAAGAAUGCUGCGAAAGUUCUUGGACAACGUUACAAUAAUUUAGUUGGCGAUACUCUUAUAACUGCAGCUGUCGUAGCAUAUUUGGGAGCAUUUACAGCGUCUUUUCGACAAAAACAGAUUUCUGCAUGGAUUGAAGCUGCAUUACAACAUGGAAUUGUAUGUACAAAAGAAUUUUCUCUAAUAGAAACUCUUGGAGAGCCAGUUACAAUAAGGAAAUGGAUAAUUGAUGGACUUCCUACUGAUAACUUUUCUAUAGAAAAUGGAAUUAUCAUCACUAAUUCUCAUCGUUGGCCGUUAAUGAUUGACCCUCAAGGACAAGCUAAUCAAUGGAUUAAAAAGAUGGAGAAAGAAAAGGAUCUCCAAAUAAUUAAACCAAUGCAACCAAAUUUUCUUAGAGUUUUAGAGAACAGCAUACAGUUUGGAAAAUCUGUUUUAUUAGAAAAUAUUGGAGAAGAAUUAGAUCCUGUUUUAGAACCUUUAUUAUUGAAACAAACCUUCAAAGAUGGAAAAACAUUGUACAUUAAACUUGGUGAAAGUACAGUUGAAUAUUCUUCAGAUUUUAGACUCUAUAUGACUACUAAAUUGCCUAAUCCUCAUUAUCUUCCCAAUAUUUCUGUAAAAGUAACUCUGAUAAACUUUAUGAUAACACGAACUGGAUUGGAAGAUCAAUUGUUAGGAAUUGUUGUUGCUAAAGAAAAACAAGAAUUAGAAAAUGAAAGAAAUGAACUUAUUAUAAAAAGUGCAAAAAAUAAAAAACAAUUAAAAGAAAUUGAGGAUCAUAUAUUAGAAAUUUUAUCAACAGCAAAGGGUAAUAUCUUGGAAGAUGAGACAGCAAUCAAAGCACUUUCAUCAUCAAAAUUACUAUCAAAUGAAAUUGAAGAAAAACAGAUUGCAGCUGAACAAACAGAAGCAAAAAUAGAGGAAACCAGAGAAGGUUAUAAACCAAUUGCUACUCAUUCUUCAAUAUUAUUUUUCACAAUUGCCAAUUUAGCAAAUAUUAAUCCAAUGUAUCAAUAUUCAUUGGCAUGGUUUGUAAAUCUGUUUAAAAAAUCAAUAGAUAACUCUGAAAAGUCUGAAGAUUUGCAAAUGCGGUUGCAGAUUUUACGUGAAUACUUCACCAUAUCAUUAUACAGAAAUAUUUGCAGAAGUUUGUUUGAAAAAGACAAAUUAUUAUUUGCAUUUUUACUUUGUAUUAAUCUUAUGAAAUAUAAAUCAUUAAUUAAUGAAGAUGAAUGGAAUUUCUUGUUAACUGGAGGAAUUAGCUUGGAAAAUCCUUACUAUAAUGAAACAGGAUGGCUUCCUUUAAAGUCUUGGGAUGAAAUUUGUAGCUUGGAUAAUUUACCUAAUUUUAAUGGUUUAAGAAAUUCACUAACUGAAUAUAGUUCUUUAUGGAAAAAUAUAUACAAUAGUGAGCAUCCUCAUAAGGAAAGUUUUCCAGAAGAAUGGAAUAGUUUAGAUGAUUUUCAAAAGAUACUUGUCGUACGUUGUUUAACUCCCGACAAAGUGAUUCCAGCUAUAGAAAAUUUUAUUUCUGUACAUUUAGGAUCAACUUUUAUUGAAAUACCCCAUUUUGAUCUUGAAGAAAUAUUUUUAGACAGUGACUGUUGCAUACCUUUUAUUUUUAUAUUAUCUCCUGGAGUUGAUCCUACAGCAUCUUUAUUGAAAUUUGCAGAAGAUAAGGGGUUUGGUGGAAAUCUUCUUUAUUCUCUAUCACUUGGUCAAGGCCAAGGUCCAAUUGCAGCAACCAUGAUUGAAGAGGGAACAACAAAUGGUAUUUGGAUUGUUCUUCAAAAUUGUCAUUUAGCACCAUCGUGGAUGCCUAUGCUAGAAAAGAUAUGUGAAGAUUUAAAUCCAGAAUCUAUACACAAAAAUUUUCGUUUGUGGUUGACAUCUUAUCCUUCAAUUCAUUUUCCAAUUUCAAUAUUGCAAAAUGGAAUUAAAGUGACAAACGAACGUCCAAAAGGUUUAAAGUCUAAUCUUCUUCAGUCUUAUUACAAUGAUCCAAUAUGUGAUCCAGAAUUUUUUAAUUCUUGUCAAAAUCCAAAAUCUUUCAAAAAAUUAUUAUUUGGGUUGUGCUUCUUCCAUGCCUUAAUACAAGAAAGACGUAAAUUUGGAUCUCUGGGAUGGAAUAUUCAAUAUCAAUUUAAUGAAACAGAUCUUAGAAUUAGUGUUCAGCAAUUAGCUAUGUUCCUUAAUGAAUAUGAGGAAAUUCAAUAUGAUGCAUUGAAAUAUCUGACUGGAGAAUGUAAUUAUGGUGGGCGUGUAACAGAUGAUUGGGAUAGAAGAACGUUAAUAACUCUGUUGAAUAAAUUUUAUUGCACAGAAAUAAUCAAUCAAGAAAAUUAUUAUUUUGAUUCUUCUGGAAUAUAUUAUGCCCCUGUUGAAGAAAAUUUUGAAGAUUAUAUUAAAUACAUCAAAGCACUUCCUCUUAUAACUAGUCCAGAAAUUUUUGGUUUACAUUCUAAUGCAGAUAUUACUAAAAACCAAAAAGAAACUUUUCAGCUACUUGAUGGAGUUUUUAUUACUCAGACUCAUGGCAUAUCAGAAGGAGAUCAGUUGGCUGAAGAUAAUGUAUUGAAAAUAGCUACCGACAUUGUUUCUAAACUUCCAAAACUGUUUGAUAUUGAAAUAGCAAUGAAGUUGUAUCCCAUGUGUUAUGAACAAAGUAUGAAUACAGUGCUUGUACAGGAAAUGGAGAGAUUCAAUAGACUCUUAAAAACAAUAAUAAAAUCAUUAGAUAAUGUUCAGAAAGCUGUCAAGGGUUUGAUUGUAUUGUCUUCAGAAAUCGAAAGAAUUAUGAAAAGCAUAUUGAAUGGAAAAGUUCCGGAGCUUUGGAUGUCGAAAUCUUAUCCUUCUUUAAAACCUUUGGGUAGCUACAUCCACGAUCUACUUAACAGAAUUGAGUUUUUACAGAAAUGGUAUACACGAGGACCUCCGGCAGUAUUUUGGAUUUCUGGUUUCUUCUUCACUCAAGCUUUUUUGACUGGUGCCCAACAAAAUUACGCUCGUAAAUAUGCCAUACCAGUAGAUCAUCUCACUUUUGAUUUUAUUAUACUGGAGGACAAAAUUUAUGAAGAACCACCGAUUGAUGGUGUAUUUAUCAGAGGAUUAUUUCUCGAGGGAGCAAGAUGGGAUCACGAGAUCUGGGAAUUAGGAGAAUCAAUGCCUAAAGUUCUUUAUGAUAGACUACCUGUGAUUUGGCUCAAACCUGUGAAAAAGGACGAAUUGAAAAUGUUUCCAAGCUAUGAAUGCCCAGUUUAUAAAACAAAUGAGAGGAAGGGCAUUCUUUCGACCACGGGACACUCGACAAAUUUUAUUGUCGCCAUAUUGUUGCCGAGUAGCAUGCCACAGGAACAUUGGAUAUGCCGGGGAGUCGCAUCACUCUGUCAAUUGGACAACUGACUCCUGCUUAAAUUUAUAUCUGUAAAUUAUGUAAAAAUUUCCAAAACUUCUGAUAACCUUUAACAAAUAAUAAAAUAAAAAAUAAGAAUUCUUUACCAAACGUUUUCUAUUAUUAACUUUAAAUUAAUCUUGAAAUAACUAACCAGCCAUACAAUUGAUUCUUCAACUAUUUGUCAGGCCUGAGCCCAAAUAAACAAGAUGGGUGGAAAAAGCAAUGGUAAACUACCCUAUAAAAACCCCUCACCAAUACACACCACAGCAGUAGCUUAAAUGGUUACUAACAGUGACACCUUUGU